AUGAAAUUCGUUAUAUUAGCUUUACUUGCUUUGGUAUCCGGACUCCAUGCCGCAAAAUUGGACCUCAAGGACUUAGGAUUUGUCCUUUUUGGAAAGCAUGGUGAAGGCGAUAAAGUCACUUUUACUGCUGGUACAUGCCCACUCACUCUUCCAGACACUGUAUUCCUUCACAAGACCUUUAAGAAAGGAGAUCACUUCUUCACAUGGGUUAGACCAGUACACGCUAAAGUAGAUGAGGUGGUAUGUGGAACACAUAAAGUUUGGAAAGCUGCUGUUGGUGAAGUACUUCUUGACUUACACUUUGUAGGUAAACCCUCUGAUGUGAAGUUCCUCCAUUUGGAACUCUUCCACCCAGCUGUAGGAUCACAUCAUUUAUUCCUUAAAUUCGUUGCUGGUGGUGGUCUUGCUGGUGUUCUUGGUAUGGGAGCCUUUGUAGAUGGUGUUCACAAAUUAGUCGCUGGACUUCCCGAACUUGAAGGACUUCCAGCACAUCCAUUUGUACACGCUUUGGCUGCACACGCUGCCCAUGCCGCUCAUGUUGCUGAUGCUUCUCAUCAAGGACAUGCUGCUGAUUGUGGUCUCACUGCUGCACAUGCUGGUGGCGAGGGGGCUGCCGCCUAA